CCCCGUGUGGUGUAUGCGCUAGUGCUAUUUCUUAAGUUGGCAAUAGCGUGUCAUGGAGACCGCAUGUAAAUAAAGUAGUUAUUCACCUCAACAGUCUUUGAAUUACGAUACCCACGUGUUACACCUUAAAAUAUCCACCCAGCGUGUGAGAAGAUAUAAAACUGGCGACGAGGAUGGGAUAAGGAAGUGCGUUUUGUGACAAUUUACUGUUUACUUGUGUUUCCAGAAUUCGCGAGUAACAAAAACGAUGGCUUCCCUGGGUAGCAUCGAACAUUUUUCAAUAAGUGAUCCUAAACAAUGGGAAUCUUAUGUGGAAAGAAUGGAAUUCUUUUUCACGGCAAAUGGGAUUGCGGAUGCAAGUAAGAAACGCGCGACAUUUUUGAGCCUAUGCGGCCCAGAAACGUACGAAAUUCUUAGGUCAUUGGUCGCGCCGGCGAAAGUCGCUGAUAAAACGUACGGGGAAAUUAUAAAGGAAUUAGACGGGAUCAACAAAAUGGGGAGACAUUCCCCGUAUACCUUAAGGAAUUACGUAAAUUGGCCGAACCGUGCGGAUUUGAGGCUACUUUAGACACAAUGUUACGUGACAGAAUAGUUUGUGGAAUAAUCGAUGAGACAUUACAGAAAAGAUUACUUGCUACCACCGAUUUAAAAUUAGCGGAUGUAACAAAAAUGUGCGUAGCUCACGAAACUGCUACGACCAGUUUUGCAAUGAUUCGCGAAGGGGGCAGCGGCGAUCGAGUGGAGGUUAAUGCCCUUAAUUCACGCAAGCAAGUAAAAUCAGCUGAUCGCGCGAGCAGACCGGGGCGCGUUGGGAAAAAGUGUUUUCGAUGUGAAAAAGACCACGCUGCAGACUCGUGCGUUCACAGUCAAUCAACUUGUAGUUACUGUAAAAAAUUAGGACAUAUCGCAAUCGCGUGUUUCAAAAAGAAAAGAGAAAGCCAAAACAAACUUAAAGUGCACAUUGCAAAUGACAGCGACACUUACACGGAGGAGCCGGAAAUUUCUCCGGACCCGAAUUGCGUUAAUAGUGAUUACGUUUUUUCAAUAAAUAACGUAACGCCUGACAAAUUUUCCGGUAAAUAUUUAACAGCCGUUUCAGUCAACGGGAUACAGACAAAAAUGGAAGUGGAUUCGGGCGCUGGCUAUUCGAUUAUAGGCCGAUCGUUGUUCCAAAAAAUCUCGAACGGGAAUCACCUGAAAUUGAAGAAGAGUCAUGUUAUCUUAAGAGACUACCAAAACAACCCGAUACCAACAGUGGGAGAAUGUUUGGUGGAGGUGCGUCGAGGUUCACGGAGGUCAACCCUUCCGUUAAUCAUCACCGAAGGAAACCGCCCGAGUCUUUUAGGCAGAAACUGGUUCCAAGAGCUGGGUCUAACUGUUUCCGGGGUAAGUCACGUUGACGGUACUCCUAAUUACGCACGCGAAUAUCCUGAGGUAUUUUGCGGGAAUUUGGGCGCAUACCGGGGGCCUCCAGUAAGUUUUUCGGUAGACGCGUCUGUGAAGCCGAUUCUAUUGCGAGCGCGUAAGGUUCCUUUCGCUCUAAAGGACAAAAUAGAGAGGGAACUGGACAAACUGAUAAGUCAAGGAGUGCUAGAACCAAUCUCAUAUCCAAGGUGGGGCACCCCUAUCGUUACCGUUUGCAAGGGCAAUGGGGAGGUGCGAAUUUGCGGAGAUUACAGGUCCACACUUAACCGCGCAUUACGUCCUGAACCGUACCCGGUGCCGUCGGUACAAGGAAUUUUAUCCGCGCUCGCUGGCGGGAAAGUGUUCGCUAAAUUGGAUUUAGCCCAGGCUUACCUACAGUUGAGUGUCGAUCGCGAGGCUGCGGAAGCACAGACAAUAAUAACGCAUAAGGGGGUUUUUAAAUGCAAUCGUUUGCAAUUCGGAAUUUCCGUCGCGCCUCAGAUAUUCCAAAAAUUCAUGGACAUGAGACUGGCGGGUAUCUCGGGAGUGUUACCGUACUACGACGACAUACUAGUCGUGGGAAGUUCCGAUGACGAUUUAGACACUAAAGUGCGCACGGUACUGUCGAAAUUUCGUGAAGACGGGCUACAAUUGCGCCGGGAAAAAUGUAUUUUUCGUACAAAAUCCAUUGAAUUCCUCGGGUUUAGAAUAAGCGAAGACGGUAUUCGCCCAACGAAAGAUAAAAUCGCGGCAAUAGUAAACGCGCCUCCUCCAACUAAUGUGACAGAAUUACAAGCAUUUUUGGGGUUGGUCAAUUUUUAUCACGUGUUCAUGAAGGACAAAGCGACCAUCGCUAAACCUUUACAUGCGUUACUUCAAAAGAACGCUCAAUGGCAAUGGCGAACGUCAGAACGAGAGGCUUUCCAAGCUUUAAAGGAUUGCUUAAUCAGGGAGCCCGUGCUGGCUCACUACAAUGACCGGAGAAACUUAUUUUUGACUUGCGACGCGAGUCCGUAUGGGGUAGGUUGCGUUCUUAGUCAGUUGGACGACCGGGGGCGAGACGUUCCAGUAGCGUAUCACAGCCGUUCUUUGUCGUCAGCUGAGAGGAAAUACGCUCAAAUCGACAAGGAGGCACUCGCUAUCAUCACGGGUGUUAAAAAGUUUCACGAAUACAUCUACGGCCGAGGGGUGACAAUAACAACGGACCACAAACCUUUAUUGGGAGUCUUCAAUCCGAAGAAGGGGGUUCCAGACAUUCUAUCACCUAGGAUGCUAAGAUGGACACUAAUGCUAUCUGCGUACGACUACGAACUAAGGUACGUGCCAGGAGCUAAGAUCCAGAAUGCGGACGCAUUAAGCAGACUGCCCCAAAAAAUCAAGGUUCCAGAACCUCCGCCAUCUGAAGACGUCUUAAUGCUGGAAAACAUUCCAGAAAAGCUAAUCAGCGCCAGAGAAAUUGCCCAGGAAACCAAACGAGAUCCUGUUUUAUCAAGGGUUAUGCAGUGGAUCUGGAAGGGAUGGCCUGACAACGGGAAAAAAUUGCCAGACGAAUUUACUCCUUACUUACAACGCAAACAUGAGCUAAAUUGCUACCAAGAUUGUCUCCUGUGGGGCACCAGGGUUAUCGUUCCACUAGGGGUGAGGGACACGGUGCUAAAAAUGCUCCAUUCAGCUCACCCAGGUAUCGUCAAGAUGAAAUCUCUCGCGCGUUCGUACGUAUGGUGGCCGAAUAUUGACAAGCAAAUUGAGAAGCUGGUUGGGUUGUGUAAAGAAUGCCAAGAAACGAGAAACAUGCCGAGGAAGUCGUCUAUUCAUCCUUGGGAGUGGGCUAGAGCUCCGUGGUCGCGUAUCCACAUUGAUCACGCCGGACCAAUGAAAGGAAAACUUUUUCUGGUAGUGACCGACGCCUAUUCCAAAUGGCUCGAGGUAAAACUAGUGCCAAAUACCUCGAGUGCUGUUACAAUCGGGGUGCUACGAGAAUUGUUCGCCACCCACGGCAUACCGGAUGUUGUCGUAUCCGACAAUGGAACGAGUUUCAGCUCUUCCGAAUUUAAGCAGUUCCUGAAAAACAACAUGAUUCGACAAGCUUUAGUGGCACCAUACCAUCCGAGCAGUAAUGGGCAAGCGGAAAGAAUGGUGCAAAAUGUAAAAAACGCUAUCCGGAAAAUGACCGAGGGAACAGCAGAAGGAAAUCUACAGUUGGCUUAAGCAGAUACUUAUUAGCCCAACACAUUACACCACACUGCACAACAGGCCGAUCACCGGCGGAGAUCUUGAUGGGGCGUAAGCUAAACACCGUCUAUGAUCGUAUGCAGCCUGAUUUCCGUAAGGAAAUGAUGGACAAACAAGAAGACGAAUGUCCAAUCCCAGGGAAAGAUCGAGUGUUCCAAGAUGGAGAUGCAGUUUUCGCAAGGUCAUUCACACCAGGAUCAAAAUGGCUGCCAGCACAAGUCGUGAGUACUACGGGACCCGUCAGUUACCGGGUACAAACACCAGAUGGGCAAACAUUACGCCGCCAUUCCGACCAAAUUAGGGCUCGGGUAGAAGAACCGACCGAAAGUUUGGGAGCACUGGGUGAUCCCGAAAUUCCACCGACAACACCAGAAGCUGCCAACUGCAGCGAACCGCAGCAGCAGGACAACGGGAAUAGCCAAGUCGUGGAGAUCAAGAAGCCCCCAGAAAGAUCGAGGCGGGCUCCAAAAUACUUGGAAGAUUUCGUGCCGUAGUUUCAAUCCGGGGGGAAGGAGUGUGGUGUAUGCGCUAGUGCUAUUUCUUAAGUUGGCAAUAGCGUGUCAUGGAGACCGCAUGUAAAUAAAGUAGUUAUUCACCUCAA